ACCAUACGAGCCAAAAUCCAAAUAUCACAACCUUAUUGAUUGCAGUUUCCAUGGCGAAAUCACCUCACAUCGCCUUCAUUUCCAGUGCAGGGUUCACCCAUCUUUUCCCAGUAAUCGAAUUCUCAAAGCGUCUCCUUCAACUUCACCCAGAUCUUCACAUCACUUGCAUCAUUCCAAUUCUCGAAACUCUUCCUUCUUCCUCUGAAUCUUACCUUCAAACCCUUCCUCCAAACAUUCAUUCGAUCCUUCUUCCUACAGUUCACAAGCACGACAUGCCAGAAAAUGUUCAUCCUGGAGCUCAAGUUCAGCUCACAGUCACUCUCUCUUUACCAUAUAUUCGUCAAGAAUUGAAGUCCUUAAUCUCCAGAUCUUCCCUUGUUGCUUUGGUUACUGAUUGUUUCGCACAUGAAGCUCUAGAUUUUGCUGCAGAGUUCAACCUUUUAUCUUACAUGUAUCUUCCUUAUGCUGCAAUGAUGUUCUCUGUCUACUUCUGUAACUCCAUGAAGCUUGAAGAUUCAGAAUUCAGAGACGUACCAGAAUCCGUAGAAAUUCCACCUUGUAUACCAGUUCGCGGCCGAGAGAUCGUAGAUUCACUUUAUGAUGGGCUUGUUCGUAAGCAAUUCUUUGAACGUGCCAAGAAGCCAAGAUUAAUCGACGGUGUUCUGUUCAACAGUUUCUUAGAGUUAGAAACUGCGACAAUUGGAAACUUGCAAGAAGAAACCAAAGGAAAGAAGCCUCAGAUUUAUCCGGUUGGACCCAUUAUACAAAGUCGAUCCAAUAAUGAGACAAAUGGGUCGAACUUGGAUUGCUUAACCUGGUUGAACAAUCAACCACCAAAAUCUGUUCUUUAUGUUUCAUUUGGGAGUGGAGGAACAUUAUCCCAAGAUCAACUCAAUGAACUAACCUUUGGGUUAGAACUAAGUGGUAAGAAAUUCUUGUGGGUUGUGAGACCUCCAAGUAAUGAUGUUAGUGCAGCUUAUCUUUCUGCUUCAAGUGAGAACCCUUUAGAUUUCGUACCAAAUGGGUUCUUAGAGAGAACCAAAGAUCAAGGUCUUGUUGUUCCUUCAUGGGCACCUCAAAUUCCAAUCCUUAGUCACAAUUCUGUUGGUGGAUUCUUAAGUCACUGUGGUUGGAACUCCACAAUGGAGAGUAUCGUUCAUGGCGUUCCAAUAAUAGCUUGGCCUCUGUUUGCAGAACAGAAGAUGAACGCAGCCUUUUUAACAGAUUGCUUGAAAGUGGCUUUAUGGCCUGAGCCUAACCAGAGAGGGAUGGUGGAAAGAGAUGAGAUAGCUAAGGUCAUAAUAAGAUUCAUGGAAGAUGAAGAAGGAAGACAGGUUCGUAAAAGAAUGGAAGACUUGAAGGAUUCUGCUGCUAAUGCACUGAACGAAGAUGGGUCCUCUACACAGACUCUGUCUCAGAUUGCAAUGGAUUUGAGAGAUAGAACAUGAGGGAAUUAGUGAUGUUUGAAUAUUAUAUUAUAUGUAAUUUCAAUAUUAAGAUGAAUAUUUCAGGUUUUAUUAGUUAUUUUAUAAGUGUUGAAGAUUUCAUAUAUGUGUAAUAUUUGCUGGUUUGCAAAAGAGAUGAACAGAGGAAAACAGAGGAUGAGUUCAUUUUUUA